AUAGCGUCUGGUGUAAGAUGAUUGUUAUUUUAGAGGCGUACGCAAGUUUUGCUAAUGAAUGGAAGGAUUAUGUAGCAAUCGCUUGUCUAGUAUUGAGUAUGCUCUUGUGUAUAUUGGUAUUCGUCAAAUUCACAAAUAAUUUAAAAAUUGCGUUAAUCUUGAUAGGAUUCAUAAUAGUAUUAUGGUCUGCAUCAAUCUGUUUUAUGUGUUGUCAAGGGCCUGAUUUUAAGUGUUACAUUUUAUUGGCCUUCGUUAUUGUGGAAGAUUUGUUAACAAUUAUCGCCUGCAUCUAUGUCAAAAGAUUCAAACUAGUGGUGAUAAUAGUUCUGGAAACUUUAUCGACGACUUUUCUGAUAAUUGGAGCAGUUUUGUUUUAUGUUUACAUUAGUGAGAUGAAAUAUUCUGAAUUGGCUGGUGGAUUAUGGAACACUGGCGUAGUUAUAUUGGUUCUAGUUUUCGCGAGCUCGCUGAAAUAACAUGAAUAACACAUCAGUCUAUCGGUCAUAUUGUGUCAAGGGAUAUUCACUUGUGUUGCCUACACAUUUUAUUAUGCAUGUAACUGCCUGACUAUUUGACAGUUCACAUUUCAAAUUAAUAGAAUAAAUAAAUAUUUCUUCACUAAAACUUCCAUUUUUGUAUUUGCACAACAACUUCUACUGGAUGAUGUUUCUCAUGAGUUUGUCUAUCACUAAUAAA